AUGGCCACAGCGAAAGCUACUUUAAUAUUAAUAUUAGCGUCAUUAUCAGUGAUAAUUAACGGCGAGAGCGACAGCGAUAAGGCGAUGAACACGGCGCACAUUAUCGCGUCGAAAUUCGGUCUCUCGCAGUAUGCUGUUGAAGGGAUGGAUUACGUUAUUAGCUACCAUCUCUACAACGUGGGCGACAAGGUCGCAACAAAGGUAAUUUUGGAUGAUCGUGAUGGCUUUCCCAGUCAGGCUUUUGAAAUAAUUAGAGGCUUGCUUCUGAUUCGAUGGGAACGCAUUCUUCCUGGUUCUAAUGUAUCGCAUUCAGUAGUGGUCCGACCUCGUGCUAUUGGUGCAUUUAAUUAUACCGCAGCUCAGGUCACAUAUUUGUCAUCGGAUGAUGCAAAAGAACCUCGAAUCGGUUAUACAACCGCUCCAGGCGAAGGUUAUAUUUAUCGACAAAGAGACUACGAUCGUAAAUUUUCGGCGAAUAUUAGCGUUUGGUUGGUUUUUAUCUUGCUUAUCACGCCAUCGACCUUGAUUCCCUUUGCAUUAUGGUAUCAGAGUAAAAGUAAAUAUGAACAGGAAUUAAUUAAUAGGAAAAACAAAUAA